UCACAAUAGCAGUUUUCACAUUAACUGCUCUCUCUUCCGGUGUAGCGCUCGUCCAACCCGUCCAUCAUCAGUCAUAACAUUUAUUAUUUAUUAUAAAGGUAAAGCGUUUGCUGUCGUUGUGAUUGCGCGCAGGAGAUGUGGCAUGACGUCAUAACGCUCGUGUGUUGCGUGUAGAAUAAACGCUUUUACGUGACGAUAGCAACGGAGUCGGCGUCCAUAGAAACAGUAUAAACUCCUGAGUGAUGAUCUGAAGCUCUCAGACUGAUGGAGCUGCUGCCUAUUCUCGAGCCGGAGGAGCGGCCACAGAGCAGACAGUGGUAUGUCGUGGUGCCCACAGGUGCCGGUCCUGGUGUUUCUGUGGGUCACACCUGCACAUUUCUGCCCUCCAGUGAUGCAGGAAAGGGACGGAUUGUAAUUGUCGGUGGAGCCAAUCCUGAUGGCAGCUUCUCUGAUUCUUACAUGAUCAAUCUAGAUGCUCAUGAAUGGGACAUUCCAGACUGGGUCGGGCUUCAGGCGCGUUAUGAACACUGCAGCUUUGUUCCCGAGAGCGACCCGCAGAGUCUGUGGGUGUUUGCUGGAGCCGAGAAGAACGGGAACCGCAACUGUGUUCAAGUGUUGCGCACAUCAGCUGAUGCUGAAGGCCGUGGUUCAUGGCAGACGGUUCAGGCGAAAGGAGCGGCUCCGACAGUCAGGACGUACCAUACAAGCUCCGCUUGUGUCAGAAACAGACUCUAUGUGUUUUCUGGAGGAGACGCUGGAGCUUCGCCUGUCACUGAUCCUCAGAUCCACGUCUUUGAUACGGUCAGUGCGACGUGGCUGCAGCCGGAGAGCAAAGGGACGCCUCCUGCGCCGCGGCACGGUCACGUGAUCACCGCCGUGGGCUCCAACAUCUACAUACACGGAGGAAUGGCAGGAGAGAAGAUCCACAGUGACAUGUUCCUACUCAACACCGAAACAAUGAAAUGGGAGAAGGUGAGAGCUAAAGGAGACGUACCGCCAGGAGUAGCAGCUCAUUCAUCCGUAACCUUCGGGAAAAACAUCUUCAUCUUCGGAGGAAUGACAGCAGACGGAGCCACAAACGCCAUGUACAAGUUUCAGUGCGACAAACAGCGCUGGACGCGGCUGAGGUUUGACGGAGAUCCUCCUCCCAGCAGACUGGAUCACUCCAUGUGUUUAGUGCCGUGGCGUGUGAAGACGCCUGAAGAACACGCAGCUCAGUCAUGUGACGCAGACGUGGUGCAUCUGUGCUUCAUCUUCGGAGGAAUGGACACUCAGGGCGUCAUAUUCAACGACUGCCUCGUUACUGUGCUGACAUGAACGCUGGGCUUUAAUAUUCAGUAAACCUCUUACAACUCUAAAGUCCAAAAAACUGUAAAAUAUUUGAUUUCCUGAAAAUCCCUUGAACCUGAAUCUGUUUUCAGCAUUAAAACUAGAUGUUGUAAUUGUU